UAGUGAUAAGCAGGUGAUGUGAUAUCGGUCAUGUGAUAUCUGUGUCCUAGUAUUCUGUUUAGGCCAUAUUUCCUAGCAAGACGCCAUAAAAGCAUCCUGUCGAAACAAACGCAAUGAACUCCAAAGCAAUGCUGAUUGUUUUCACUUUAUUCAUUCUCUGUCAUCUUGGCGUGCAAGCCAAAGGCAUCGUUUUCAAAGAACAAAUGGUGAAAGAAAGGCCACCUUAUCAGGAGAAGGCAAAAAUGGCACGUUAUAUUGUGCAUCAGAUGGACUGGGCAGUAAUGACGACUUUCUGCACGCAUAAGCCAGGUUAUCCUUGGGGCGAAGUUGUUUCCAUUACUGACGUCCACUUUAACGAAUCGACUGGCAUCCCCCUGGUCUACAUUUCGCUAAUGGAUGUUGGUGCACAAGACUUGGAAUUGAACUCAAAAACGUCCUUUACGUUCUCGGAGGCACAAGGAGACUAUUGUCGAACUCAUUCUAUGGAUCCUGAGGACCCCAGAUGCACAAGAGUUCAUCUUUUUGGAAAAAUGGUAAAGCUAACCGCAGAUGAGGUCCCAGCCGCAAGGAAAGCCAUGUUUUCCAGGCAUCCUGAAAUGGUCGAAUGGCCUGAAUCACAUCAUUUCUUCUUUGCAAAGUUACAGUUGACACAAGUGGAAGUCUUGGAUUUCUUUGGACCUAUUUCAUUGGUUUCUGUUGAAGACUACUUGAAAGUGAAGCUUUGAAAUCAAUAUGCAUUUGCCAAGAUUAUUAUUGCUGACGUCACUUGUUCUCAGUCCUACGCCAGCAACAAAAUUUCAAACAGUUCUCUGCUGCUUUUGAAUUUGAUUGUUGCCUUUAAAUUUGGAUCCAAAAAUGUCAAAUUAACUUUUAUGGCAUCAAUUUAUAAAGAUUUUUUGAAAUUUUCCGAGCGUGCAUGUUAUGAUAAAUUGAAUUUUGCAUGAUUGACUGGGGAGAAUAAACCCCGCGAUGUUAUAAAA